CAUUGCUCCAGACAUGGAUCUAUGAGUACUUUCCCGCUUUCCGCCCUCAUCCUCGCCGAGAAGAUGUGCCAAACAUGACUAGGGCGGACAUGUGGACAACGAAGAAACCAUGUCAUGAGGCGGACAGGCUGAGGGACUGCCGCAGGGUUCUUGACUCAAUGACGGAGACUCAGGUGGAAUGGACUCCCUACAAUUCUUCUCCUAGUGCGUUGCUGAAUGAGCACCCACACACCACCGUCAUCGGGGGUAUCACGUGCUUUGAUGUCUUCGAGGUGUAUUUGCUGGAGCGGACAUUGCGACAGAUCGGGUUCGUGCAAGCUAUUUCUCCCACUCCUAUGAGACCAGCCAAGGCUCUCCGACCGGCACACGGGACUUUGUCGGGUUUGUUCCUUCAGAGGCUGAACCUAAUUACGUUGACUGGUUCAGAGUGUGCUCGCACCCAUACAUCGCCCCCGACGAAGGGCUGACUUCCGGUCCUGGUCCUUCUCAGAGCAGAGCUGAAUACUUCCUGAAUGAAUGGCUCAGUAGAUUCGCUCCAGUGGCAAGAUGAUCCAAGUACGUGUGGUGGUUGAAGAAAUUAUGCACGAAAUGGAUUUAACACACAAACACAAGGGGAUAUUCCAAGAUUGUUAUAACAAUGCCUU